AUGUCUUCCCAGAUCCUACUCUCUCGGGGUGUUGCAGAUCCGGAUACGGCCACCUCUACUGGUCUCGACAGCCCGGCCCUGGUGACUUCGAUCUACGAGUCUGGUACAAGCCAUUUCAUGACCCUUGGUAAUGCCGCUUCUCAAAGCAUUCCUGGGUUUGAUGGCGUGGAUGCCGACAAUGGAACAGGCAAGACGGUAUGUUCGCAACAACCUCGACCAGCAGAGACCGCGCCUAUCGCAAAGCGCGCUUUCAGUCGUAGCAACACAUUCUUUGAAGAUCCCAACGAUCCUUUGGCAGCUCUAGACGAUGAUUUGCUCGAACCCUGUCCUCAUGUUCCAAUCUGUGAUUCGGUUUCGGAAGUCCUCCGAGGGAAGGAAUAUACCCGUGCAAGAGCCCGGUCAGCAAUGACAAGGUCGUUGGAUAUGACUUUUCGAAAUUCUCGAAUUCCGCCAGGCGAUACGGCUGCGGCGGCCGGUGAUUACCCACCUCUGUUUCCAGCCUCGACCUUUCCACCAGAUAGAAGUACUCAGCCAAACUUGAACAUUGAGCCAUGGUUGGAUUCGCAGGCAACAAAUCGUGAAGCCCGCCUACCAGCCGCAAGUCGAGUGCCCACGGAAAUUCUGCAGCAAAUCUAUGAACGACUUGGUCCUGUAGAUUUUAACUCCGCUCGACAUACCUGUCGUUUGUGGUUCAUCAGCUCAUUGAACUACCAAUUGCUUAGCACGAUGCUGCGCCGGAUUGGAUAUUCUGAUGGGGUUAUCCGAAACAAAUCCAAUGUACCCAGCGGGUUUCGGACACUGAGCCCGGAAUGGGUCAUGAGCAAACGACUUGCUAGAGAAUGUGCCCUAGGACCUGACGUCUCGCGAUUGUCUGAAAACCAGUCAGCACUUUUCGAAGUAUCCACAGUUGACUUUACGGAAAUUGAAGUUCAUUAUCCUGGUCCAGAUCUGGCCAGUACUAUAUUUACGGUCAGCGGUUGCGGAAGGUUCUUGAUGGCUGCCAAUGGCUGUGUGGUAUUUAUAUAUGAGCUGAAUCGAUCUCAAAAAUCUGGAGGUGCGGCUGUUCACCCAGGUCUUUUACGCCCUAUAACGAGCGUUGUAUGCCCCAGAAGAGUCCUAACCUGCAGCAUGGACACCUCAUCUCAACGCUAUGCUAUAGCAAUUCUACUCGAUGGACGAAUGGGAUUGGUCUGCGACAUCACGAUUCUGAAUCCAUCUUCAGUACCUUCAUCUCCACUGAAAAGCGCAUCUGAGGAGCCAAGACACUUCAGCCACAGAGAUUCGGAUCCCACGUUGCUAUAUUCUAGCACUCCGUGCAACAAAUUCAGUUCGCAGGACAUCCAAUGCACAACCGGUACGCAGCAAAAUUUGGAUCGAUUUCCAGGACAUAGUUCCAUGCCACUUGAAGAAGGGCCUCGGUCACUCUACCGUAAUCUAUGUUCCGAAGAUGACCCGCCGAGAUCCGUUGCCAUAUGUCCGCAACGGCGAUGUGUCGCUUUUGGCUGCUCCUCUGGACUGGAACUACACUGGGUCGAUGCUCUCACUGGCCAGGACUUGAAUCGAUGGUUCCCGCUUACAGCACCAAGCGACUAUUUGUUUUUCUUGCCCCCUAGGAAAACCGUGGAUUCGGCAAAAAAGCUUCGGCUUAUUAGUAGUGCCGGUCGGCCUCAUGAGCGAUCUUCAAUGUCCUCAAGAGCUUUUGGACAUCGAGCGAGGACGAGUCCAUUCUGGGAACGAUUCGGAUGGGGAGUAGGCCACUUCGACGACGACGAAGGUGCUGGUCACGUGCCCGUGCCUGUGCCCAAUUCCGCUCAGGGUAUCCUUACCCGCCUUAGAAUCGAUGCCAGUCGCAGUUCCCUCAUCGGGCGGAUGGACUGCUCUGAUCAUUAUCGGGCAGUUCCAUUGAGUGAUGGAUAUCAUAUUCUGUUUACAGAUCCGGCGUCUGGGCUUCUCUGUCUGGGUAGUGAUGCUCCGGUUGGUGGACCGACCAAACUCUUGCGUAAGAUAUGGUUUCAUUGUCCAGAAUCGACUUCGAUAAUAGGAUCAUCUACGCCCGUCGCAUACGCUGCUGGUUCAGAUCUUACACAAGGGGUUCGAGUCUGUGCAGCUUUUGAUACUGGAUCGGAGCAAACCAUUUGGCUAUUCUCCGUCCCAACUGACAUUUUUGGAGCAAGUCAAAUUGAAAAGGCUUCUUCUACUACAGCUAAUUGGCUGAACGCGUCCUCUUCCCGCGAGUCCAUGAUAGCGAAGCCUGAAGACGAAUGGAUGAAAUGGUGGCCACACGAUGGGCUCCAGCAAUGGCUUAGCGGCGGCAGUCCCCCAGAUCCUGCCCCUGGUAUCCCUCCGAAAAGUGUAUGGCCUGUUAAAAUCCGAGGCCAGAUGAUCGGCACUUGCAAGGGACUGGUCGAUCUUGCCAUCGAUUCGGGCCCACACAUGACAGUUUGGGCAUUCAGUAAAUCGGGCAUUGCUACAGUGUGGAAGCUAGACGAUGGCCAGACCCAAAGUACACAAAAUAUUUUGGUUGUCCGGGACGGUACAGUUCGAGAAGUUGAAUGUCGCGAAAGCGGCCGGGACAUUGAGAUGACGGACGCUCCAGAUCCACCACCACUCGGUCUUCGUGAACCCGGCCAAUUCGAUGGUCCAGCUUCAAUUGAAUGUCACCACAAACAGCCAGUACAUUACGAUGUCGACGGGGACGUUCUCAUGGCGGAUCUACCGGCCUUUCCUCGCAAGAAGAGAUCCCGAGCGCCAGAACAGGAAACGGUGGAAGCGGUGAUCCUAGAUGUACAUGGCAACGAGGUACGGUACCAGACCGAGACCUGGACGAGGCCAGUAUACCGAGACCUUGUGGAAGAAUUGACGGGUAUCGCUCGGAUCGACCUCGAGAUUCGAUAG